GGCAAGACCACAGCGACGACGACGAAGGUGAAGACGUAGACAAGGGCUAUGAACAUAGUUGGGACGUCAAGAGCGGGUAUAUCACUCUACAGAUGGUCACUUCCGAGAAGAUUAGGACGACCGGAGCAUCGCUGUCGACCGACCAGAUUCACAUCCGGAUUUCAUGGAUCUACGAACACAGCUCGUACUAUAACCUCUAGUCCGCUGUUGAGACCGGUGAAACAGCUCCCACGACAUUCAUUUCGUCAUAUAUCUCGACAAAUCCCUCUCCUAUCCUCUCACAUCUAUCUGUCAACAUCUUAUCGCUCUCUUUUUAGCUCUUCAUCUCGUCAUGCGACCAUCUCCCUCCACCCUUCAUCGAUACCCUCCCCUCCCCUACCUGUAACUCGUAUCAGCAGACGUCUUAGACGUCUUCGACGUCUUCGUAACCUUCUCAUCCUUCUCAUUACUUGCACUAUCUUAUACGAAUCUUAUCCUCCCUUUCGACAUUCCUUACUAGCUCUUGUCCGUUGUGCUCGAUUGAUGGAAGCCGUCAUUCUCAACGUAUGGGAUUACAAACAAACCUUUGCAUUCGAAGAUUCCCUCACACCACUUGACUCUCUCACUGCAGAUCAACGUUCUGUCCGAAGACAAAGACGAAGAGAAUGUCAUCUCAGAUCUUCCAAACGUAUGCUUGAAGCACUUAAAAAGAAUUCUGGUAUUUACGUAAAACUAGGUCAACAUGUAGCUGCCGUUCAAGUUUUACCUCCUGAAUGGACAUCGACCAUGACACCAUUACAAGAUCAAUGUUUUCCCACUCCUAUCCCCGACGUGGAUCUCAUGUUGAAAAAAGAUUUAGGAAAAGGUAUAGAAGAUCUUUUCUCUGAAUUUGAUCCUAAUCCUAUCGGUGUCGCCUCUCUCGCUCAGGUACAUCGAGCCAUUGAUAAACGUUCCGGUAGAAGAGUAGCUGUCAAAUUACAACAUUCAGAUUUAGAAGAAUUCGCAAAGGUCGAUAUGGCUACAGUCAAUUUCGCUAUCAAUCUUGUCAGAUACGUUUUUCCAAAUUUUGAAUUCUCAUGGCUUGGAGAAGAAAUGAAUCAAAUGUUACCUCUUGAAAUGGAUUUCAGACAAGAAGCUAUCAAUGCUACUAGAACUAUUGAAAACUUUUCAGAAUUCAAAGGUAAAACGUCAUUAUAUAUCCCAGAGGUUUUAUGGGCAGAACGUAGAGUGUUAGUCAUGGAGUAUAUCGAUGGUAAAAGGGUGGAUGAUUUAGCAUAUUUGAAACAACAUAAAAUUGAUAGAAAUCAAGUUUCACAAGAACUUAGUAGAAUCUUUUCGAAAAUGGUUUAUAUCGAUGGAUUCUUUCAUGCAGAUCCACAUCAUGGGAAUCUGUUGGUGAGACCGAAAGCGAAGAAUUCGUCAAGUCCUUUCAAUUUCGAUGUGGUGUUGUUGGAUCAUGGCCAAUAUUUUGAUAUUCCUGAUGAUCUAAGAGUCAACUAUGCCAGAUUUUGGUUGAGUUUGUUGAAGAGAAGUUCGGAGGAGACAAGUAAGGAAAGGAGGAAAUAUGCCAGGUUGGUAGGGAAUAUUGACGAUGAGAUGUACCCCGUCCUGGAAUCAGCCAUCACAGGUCGUCUAAACCUCUCCGACCCCACCACCGCCGAUCCUUCUUCACGCCCUUCAUCCCUCCUUGACGAAAGAUCGAUGGAUGACAAGGAAAUCGCCAAGUUGCGCAAUGCGAUGAUGGAGAGAGAAGGUCUCAUAAUGGAGAUCUUCGAGUUAUUGAGGACUGUCCCGAGGAGGUUGUUGAUGAUUCUCAAAUUGUCAGAUUUGCAGAGAUCAUUGGACCAAUCACUAUCUACGACUCACGGUCAAAGUCGCAUAUUUCUCAUCAUAGCACAAUACUGUGCACAAGCCAUCUACCAAUCUGACCUUUCGCUCAUCCGUACUUCUUACAAUACCAACGGUCUCUCUUUUUCCCUUUUGGAGAAAUACGUGUCAACGAUAGGAUCUUACAUGUACUGGAAGACGACUUUCGGACUUGCAGAAUGGUUGAUGGAUGUCCGAGCCAGAUGGGUAAAAGUAGGUUUGUGGGUUCAUGGUUUGACCAGGGGAGGGUUUCGGGGAGCGGGUUUGGAAAUGGCUGGAUUGAGUGUUGGUUAGUAUCAUCUCUUCCAAGGUUUCACGACAUAACAGACGGACUUAUCAGAUCAUCAUGAUUAGUCGUAGCUUGUAAAAAUUGAUCCAGCAACAUAAACCGAGAGAAGAUGUAAAUGAUGAUGGGGUAGUGGUUGACAGUGGACGGGGGGAUGUUUUGUCGACGAAUGGAUAGAAAGUAGAAUGAUAGUUGAUAGUUGAUAGACUCAUGGGAAGAUCUCCCACAGGGGGGAAUCAGAUAGCAAUAGAGGUUUUUGGGUAUUUAGACAUGGAUCCUUGCAUUUG